AGUUCCGGCCACUAGAGGAGUGUUCCUCUUUCUCCCGGUUCCCCGCUUCUUGGCUUGUGAGCGACUUGAGCUUCUUCCCUUUUCCCUCCCCCUGGGGUUUGCCCUUUGCUCCGGCCACUCGCCGCCGCAGCCUUCCAGCGCUUCCGGUCCGCUCCUCCGGGCCGCACGCCUCCACCAGUGACAGACCCAUGGCCGAGCGCGGCGAACUCGACCUGACCGGCGCCAAACAGAAUACGGGAGUGUGGCUGGUCAAGGUUCCUAAAUACUUGUCACAGCAAUGGGCUAAAGCCCCCGGAAGAGGGGAAGUUGGGAAACUGCGGAUCGCCAAGAAUCAAGGAAGGACUGAGGUGUCAUUUACUUUGAAUGAAGAUCUUGCAAAUAUUCAUGAUAUUGGAGGAAAACCAGCUUCAGUCAGUGCUCCCAGAGAACAUCCAUUUGUCUUGCAAAGUGUUGGAGGACAGACAUUAACAGUAUUUACUGAGAGCUCAUCAGAUAAGCUUUCAUUGGAAGGAAUAGUGGUACAAAGAGCUGAAUGCCGGCCUGCUGCCAGUGAAAACUACAUGAGAUUAAAGAGAUUGCAGAUAGAAGAAUCUUCCAAGCCUGUAAGACUGUCACGACAGCUGGACAAAGUUGUAACAACCAAUUACAAACCUGUUGCUAAUCAUCAGUACAAUAUUGAAUAUGAAAGGAAAAAGAAAGAAGACGGAAAGCGAGCUCGAGCUGAUAAACAGUAUGUUUUGGAUAUGCUGUUUUCGGCUUUUGAGAAGCAUCAGUAUUAUAAUCUUAAGGACUUGGUGGACAUCACAAAACAACCUGUGGGAUACCUGAAGGACAUCUUAAAAGAAAUUGGUAUUCAAAAUGUAAAAGGGACCCACAAAAACACAUGGGAACUGAAGCCAGAGUACAGACACUAUCAAGGAGAAGAAAAGAGUGAUUAAGAAGACUGUAUACCACCACAGUAAUGAAGCAACUAAAUGGGGAUGUGCUAGUAUACUAAUAAGUAAGCAAUAUUGGUACUUGAAUACUUGAGCACCAUCUGUUCAUAGGGAAAAAAUGAUUUGUACUUUAAUUUCUCUUGUUACAUUUUUUAAAACAUUAAUUCUUAUAAAGCUUAAGUGUUUUUCAAGGAGAAAGAACAAAUUUAUUUAUAGACUUACCUAGUAUUCAACCAGAUUAUUCAUGAAGAUGGUAGGGAUGAAGGAUUAAAGAGGAUUUUUCUUUUUAAGUAUUAACUUUUAAAAUGUAAAAUUAGGAAAUAGUUUUUAAAUGAGGACAUUCCAUCCUUGCUGUAUUUUUGAGGAGCCUAAGGUAAGACAGAUCCAAAAUGAAAAGUGUAGCAAGAAAAAUAGUCAACUACAGAAACACUUAAAAGGAAUAAAAAGCCAAAGUUCCUCAUUCUGAAUUGUCAAAGAAUAUUUGUCUCUUUUUUUUUAAACAGGUGAUCACAUUUCAUGCUCAAAAGUACAUUAGUGAAAGGAGAGCAUUUAAUGUUUCUACAAAGAUCACAGUUUAGCUUAUCUUACCCUAGUGAUACUGAUAUGAGGAAUGGAAAAAAUUAUGGUCAAUUGGUGGGGUUGUUUUACUUGCUUUUCAAAUAAUUAAAAAUUAAAUACCUCUCCAGAAUUCCAAUAUUUAUCUCCUCCAAACAGAUUAUAAACUUCAGAGACUCACUUUGCACCCAGAAUUUUACUAUGCACUCAGCAAGCAUGUAUUGACCAUCAUAUGACAAAUUAAAGUCGGGUUGUGUAUCUUUAGGAGGAAGUGGAAGUGAGGCCGGUGUGUUCAGACAGAAAAGGUUCAUGUCUUAAGUCAUUCCUGUCGGGUGAAAGUGUUUCAUUUAUCUUUCUAAUUAAUUUUAAAAUUAAAUCAGUACAUGUACACAUUUAAAGUUUUUUUCUAGCACAAAUGUUAUAUAUUAGGCAGUCCAAAAUCAUACACACAAACAAGACCACCCCAAAAAAAGGAGCUUUCACAAGCUAAGCACAGUGAAAGGUUUUUUGGCUUGUUCAUCUUGUCAGGUGCUUCUAGUUGUUUGCAACAGAGUAAUAAAUGCCAAAGAUUUAAGAAAGUGCUGUAUAAUUAAAACAAUGCAAGGAAAUAUCUGUGCAUUAAGAUAAGUGUUAUUAUUAUUUCAUUUUAAAAAUGCAACACAACACCAGAAUUCAGAAGUUGAGUACCAUUGCACUAAGAAAAUUUUUAUCCUUGCAUUUCUCUAAAAUAAAAUUCUGACUAAGGAGGGUGGUCCCAUUCCCCACUCCACUUCCAAAUGUGGUGUUAUACCUUGUUUGGGUGCAGGAAUCAAGCAUAUCCCCAUUACUUUGCAAUUGUUGCUUACUUGAACAAAUAUAUAAUGUAUGAUAAAGAAAUCUGUAUAGAAAAUAAGAAUUCUGUGUACCUGUUAUGUGCUUGGUUCAUAGCAUAUAUCUUUCCCCCAGACUUGUCUUUUUUGAUCUAUGCUACUAUCCUGAAAUAGACCUGUGUCUCCUCUACCCAUGCAUUUUAUUUUUGUGGUGACAAUGUCUGCCAGAUUGAAUUCAGUGACUGCUCACAGGGUUUCCAGUUCAGAGCUGUGUCUCAUUUGAAGUUAUGUUUUGAUAUUUCUGUAAAUCUUCUUUCUUCAGCUUAUUAUAGUUACCUUUUACCUCCUCACACCUGAUUGUGUCUGCUUGGGUCUCUUCAGACACGUGUAGUCUCUUCAGUAGGGUAGUUAAACUGGGUCAUAUGGUAGACAAGUGUCAUUCCUUAUUAAUUUUUUUUUAAUUGCCUAAAAUAUGGCAGUAAAUUGUGGAGGAGACUCCCCUGUUUUGGUUUCCUUGACUGCUCAAGCAAAUACCAUGCAGUGGGCUGGCUUAAACAAUGAUGAAGCAUCAAGGGGAUGCUUUCUCCCCAAAAACUUGGCAUUUGGGGGCUGGCUGCUAUCGAUCCUUGGUCCUUCCCUUGUCACAUGGCAAGGUAUAUGGCUGCAACUCCUAGUCUCUCCCUCCUCUUCCAGGUUCCAUUGAUAUUCAGCUUCUGGCUGCUCUCUGUGGCUUUCUCUCUCUAUGUCUGAAUUUUAUUCACUUAAAAAGGACUCCAGUAAUAGAAUUAAGACUCAUCCUGAUAGAGGCAGGCCAUACCUUAUCUGAAGUAACCUCAUCAAAAGGUCGGGCUUACAAUUGGUUCAUACCCCCAAGUGGAUUAACUUCAACAACGUAUUUUUCUGGAGUACAUACGGCCCUAAACCACCACAUCCACCUUCCGCCCAGUUCACUUAUGCUUUUGGUCAGGACUCUCUUGCUUCUGACAGCCCAGAAGUAGGCAUCCUAAUUCCUUGUAAUCACUGUGCAGCUGAGAGAGAGGAAAGCUGACAGGGAAGACACACAUCUCUAAUAAGAUGUCACAUCAUAAGAAGACAGGAAGGCCAUAUUUAAUGGAUGAGAUGUUUAAACUCCUCUAGUAUAUACACUUAAGGGAUGUUCUAAUUGAGAAAAUAUGAUAAGAUUGUGUUUCCUGAGCAUUGGAAAGAUUUGAAAUUACUUGUUGCCACAGUAACUUCUGAAGUGAUGUAUCUUUAAAAAAGAAAAUAAAUUUUGCUCUGUUGUAUCAUGAGCAGCUCUUA